AUGAAGAUUCGAUCUGAUAAACGUUGUAAGAUCCUAUUCUCGAAUUUCGGAUUCUCACAUCCCGGUUACGUCUCAGUCGCAGUCUCCUCCGUGUCUGUCACCUCCCCGUUCCCCUUACCACAACCUGAUCCUUCACGUAUGGGUUUCAUGCUUCUUUCGCAUGACUUGAUCGACGAAUACAACCAAGAAUUCCACAGAAACCACGCUUUGUGCCCAUUGGACAACAAAUUCAUCAAAGUCCUCUUUACUUUCCAAGAUCUCUCCUCUCCUCCUCAGUCUUCUUUCAACAUAUCGUACCAUGUGACAUAUCCAAGUGUGUGUUCACUCUACUUUGUUAAUUGCAACCUCUCCUGCGUGAGCAUGGAUGUCCGCACAGAGCUCUACAACACCAAUGACGACGGCACUACUAAAAACUAUUUAUCAGCCGGCCAAACGCAGCAUCCAUCUCUUAUCUUCUCUUUCUCCUAUCUGUGUUUUCUAGGGAUAUGGAUCUUGGUGUGCUUCAAGUACUGGCGAUCUCUUCACAUGAUUCAUGUAUUAAUGGGUACUUCUCAUGGAUGGGAUGUCUUUGUUUACAUAUUUCAGUUUAUGAGGAUUGAGCUUCUAUUCACGGUGAUUGUGUUGACGUGUUUUGGAUGGGGUUUCUUCAAGCCUCGUUUGCAUGUAUUGGAAAUAUUGGUUUUGAUGAUUGUGAUCCUACUUCAGGUUUGGGCUAAUGUCUCUAAUAUAAAUGUAGAGGAAACCGGACCUUAUAAUAAAGACAAGGUGCAUUGGGCAGUAUCGUCCAUUGUUGCAGAGUUUAUUUGUAGCUUUGUUAUUACUCUACCCAUGGCGUGUUCGGUUAGUAUGAUUCAUGGGAAUGCUAAGACUGCUUAUUAUCUGUUUGGUGUCGUGGUUAUGGCAUACAGCUUCAUUACAUGGUUUUUUCGUAUGGCUCCGGAUCCCUUUGAAUUUCUCCCGUGGGUGGUUAAUACGACCGAGGAAACCUGCGCACUUUUUUUGUGUGUGAUGAUGUUUUACAUUUUUAAACCAUUUGACGACAAGGAUGAAACGCAUUGGCUGUGGGGGAACGGGAACAUUAGUUUGGGUAAUGAGUUGCCAACUUGA